AUGGCAACGACUGUUCCUACGGUGAAAGACGAAGAAUUGGAGCAGCUCGUUGAAAGACUGUUGGAUUACAAAGUCGGAAGGUACCAGAAAUUCGAUGAUGCUUGCGGCGGGAUAAUGGAAGGCUUCCGCUUGAAUAUCGUCCUUUUUGGAAUGACUGGUUCUGGAAAAUCGGCCCUGAUUAACACGAUCUUCGAAUGCUUGGAGAUGGACAUACGUCCUGCCGUAACUCAAACGACUGGAAGGGAAGGAACGAAGGUUUUGGAGUCUUGUGAUCUGCUGCCGAACAAUGUCAUAGUCUAUGACACAAGAGGCUUUUCCGAUUUUGGCAAAACGGAGGAAGGUAGGAACUUUUCAGUUCUAACAUAAUUUUAUUUCGUACAAUACAGUACGUGUUUGUUAGUCUAGCGUAUAGAGCCCCCGGAAGCGAGAUGUAGCCAUAAUUUUGUGCCUUUGAGCAGUCAAAGAAUUGAUGAGCCGAAAUUUCGCCGUAAUAUAGUGUUUAUGGUUUCCUUCGAUUCUGUUCAAAACGUACCACGAUAGAAAUGCCCGAUAAUUAAAAGUUUGCUAAUAAUUUGAUAUAGAUCAUCGUUUUCAUCGUGUUCGAGGAUGAAAAAAUUAACUGAGGAGAAGGGGGUGAGGUCAGUGUUAUAGUAGNAGUCAAAGAAUUGAUGAGCCGAAAUUUCGCCGUAAUAUAGUGUUUAUGGUUUCCUUCGAUUCUGUUCAAAACGUACCACGAUAGAAAUGCCCGAUAAUUAAAAGUUUGCUAAUAAUUUGAUAUAGAUCAUCGUUUUCAUCGUGUUCGAGGAUGAAAAAAUUAACUGAGGAGAAGGGGGUGAGGUCAGUGUUAUAGUAGAAUGCGAGCGUGGUUGUUGUCUCCCGGAAGCAAACGUGAAAGGUUUUAACAGAUUCCCUGAUCCCUUUAAACUUUAAGGUCUUCGACAAAGUCUAGUUUAGGGAUAGGGAAUCUGUUGGAGUGUUUCACAACAAUGUUUACCUCGUUUACCUGCCAGUCUGCAAGUCUGCAGUCUGCGUUUGUCGCACACCGGUGGAAAUCUUGUGCAUAAACAAAAAACGGUGGGAGAACGACUCGCUAUAAAAAUUAAAUACAGUAUAUCCAAAUCAGCUGAACAGGCUUAAAAAAAGUGCGGGAAAAAUUGCAUUGCCUGUUUUCGGAAGCUUCCCAAACGGAAAGUCGCGAAACAUUUGAUUUUCCUUCCGGAAUUUCCAGUUUUCCCAUGUAAAUGGUAAGUUCCCCCAGUCACCUCUUCAAUAGUUCUGCCAUGAAUACUCUGUUUAUGGAGUGUUAAUGAAAAUGGCUGAACACAGUUUUGCGGGCGGUCAGCGGUAACUCGCGUGACGGCGCGUGUUUUAAAUUAGACAAACAAACAUGGCGGCGAAAAAAGCAAUGGUACAGAGAAGGCAAUUUCUCAAAAUCUAGUCAUUAAAAUUUUGUGAUAUUUCGCAGAAUUUUUACUUUUAACGUAUUUUAAAUAAUGAGAACUUUAAAAUGGCAGUUGAACGGACGAUUUUUGUGACACAUUUGAUAAUUACAAUACAAAUAUACCUGGUUUUUUGAAAACCGGGCUACUAAAAAAUGUCAGUCUCUCGCACUGAUUGUUAAUUUGAUGGCCCUUGUUACUUGAAAAGUAAAAUCUCACCUCAAAAAGAAAUUAUUGAAUACAUGACCUUCCAUUUGAUAGAAUCAUCUGUCUUGAAAGUAACAAAAGUGAAGUUUUCCUCAUUAAUCUGGAAAAUAAGGCAUUUUAAGAAGCAAUUUUUAGUGUCGGUGUCACCGAUUGCAAAGCCAAUUCCCCUGUUCACCCCAUUUUUAAUUAAAGCUGGUCUCCCAAAAACAAUCUAAGCCAACACUGCUCAACAAAACCAAGUCCUAAAACCAGCAGUUCAACUGCUUGCUGACUAGGAACAUUAUCAACAGAGUAGGUCAUUGCUUGCAUGCAAACAGCACAAACAAACUGCAUAAGAGUGCAAAAACACAUCAAACUUUACAAAAACCCCACUCCCCUGGAAUUUAACCAGGCUACCCCAAAUGCAUACCAGACGAUAGCCCCGUGUCUGUGCAACAACAUGGCACCCAGCCAGACACAACCCCCCCUUAAUUUCAGUGAGACAUUGACCUUUGAAAGACAGGGGUAGCCCCGGUACAAAAACUCAGCAAAUCUGCACUCCAGCACAAAGCAUAGUCUUUACAACAACCCCACCCCCCUGGGAUUUAACCAGGCUACCCCAAAUGCAUACCAGAUGAUAGCCCUGUGUCUGUGCAACAACAUGACACCCAGCCAGACACAACCCCCCCUUAAUUUGAGGGAGACAUUGAGCUUUGAAAGACAGGGGUAAGCCCAGGUACAAAAACCCAGCGAAUCUGCACUCUAGCACAAAGCAUAGUCUUUACAACAACCCCACCCCCCUGGAAUUUAACCAGGCUACCCCAAAUGCAUACCAGAUGAUAGCCCUGUGUCUGUGCAACAACAUGACACCCAGCCAGACACAACCCCCCCUUAAUUUGAGGGAGACAUUGAGCUUUGAAAGACAGGGGUAAGCCCAGGUACAAAAACCCAGCGAAUCUGCACUCUAGCACAAAGCAUAGUCUUUACAACAACCCCACCCCCCUGGAAUUUAACCAGGCUACCCCAAAUGCAUACCAGAUGAUAGCCCUGUGUCUGUGCAACAACAUGACACCCAGCCAGACACAACCCCCCCUUAAUUUGAGGGAGACAUUGAGCUUUGAAAGACAGGGGUAAGCCCAGGUACAAAAACCCAGCGAAUCUGCACUCUAGCACAAAGCAUAGUCUUUACAACAACCCCACCCCCCUGGAAUUUAACCAGGCUACCCCAAAUGCAUACCAGAUGAUAGCCCUGUGUCUGUGCAACAACAUGACACUUAGUUUGACGGAAGCCCCCGUGAAAAAAUAUUAUCUGGGCCAACGGGGGCAACAGCCCGUCACUGCGGGACGGACUGUUGCCCCCCUCGUGCAAAUUUUCUGGAAUUUGCACUGAUUUCUGUCAGUUCCAGCAAGUUAUUUGAAGCCCAUGGUUAAGAGGUGAGGGUGGUUAGUCCUGAAGAGCGAGAUUGUUAUUUUUACACUAAAAGUAUCAGGGCUUUAAGCAAAUUAAGUUUUGAAAGAUUGCCUGCAAUGUGCUGGACUUGACUUAAGAUUUCAGGCAACCCGGUUUUCAAAACUCCAGGUAGAAAUAUAUUAUUGAUUAUCUAAAAAUCAGUCUGUUAAAAUUUGGUCAAAUAAGUUUCAAAUGGUAAUGAUUAAUUAUAGUAAGCUGUGUGCAAGUUUAUAGGAAAACCUAAUGAAAGAAUUUUAUGUAAACUGAGCAAAAGUGAAAUUUUAAGGUUGUAUUCAAUCGUUCAUUUUGUAUUGAAACUACGAAAAUGACAAAUUUUACCUGUCAAUCAAAUUCUUUCAUCAGUAUAUUUUUCACUUGCCAAGUUUCAGCUUGUGAGCUGCAACCCUUCUCUUGCCAUAAUUUGCCAAAUGACAUAUACUCACAAACUGCCAAAACUGUGUUCAGCAACCUUAAGAUCUCUCUCAGUCUACAGAAUAUAUCCACCCAAGGCCAUGGACAGCACACAAUGGGUGGUCACUGCCAGAAGCCUUGUCCUUGAACCCCCUCCCCCCAAUAGCUCUUUUUACCUUUCAGAGAAUCUGUCGGUUUUCUAACCUUCUCCGAAAAGGAUGGAAGGUCUACCAUAUUUGAAACAAAGGUAGUACCUUUUCCUCAAUGUUUUAAGACCCUGAGUGUUGGUAAACCCAGGAAUCGAACUGGGUCUACCGCUCUCUGGUCUUGUACCCGACCAAUCGGAACUAACCAGUUUUCUUGCCUCGGAUGGACUGGUUUCAUUUUGGUGGGCAAGUCACAAUGCAAUCCUUUUUAUUCAAAUAGGGGAGCUGUUUCGUAUUCUUUUUGGAAUUGAGCGAACUGGAGAGGAACUGGUGCGAGGCGACAGGAGUCCCGAAAAAGCAGCAACUGGAGGGGUCGGUGCUCACAAGCUUAAAAAACCUCCUCUUGCGGAUCAAAUGCAUGUCAUAUUGUGGGUCAUAAAAGCUAAUGAUAUCAGAUUUGAAAAAGGAAUAUACAGUGACAUAAUCAAGUUUGUUCAGCACAAGGCGAGAGAACAAAGUGAGUUCUUUACCUUUCUCAUAGUGCACAUGUCCUUUAAAGGGACAAAAAUAAGAGGAUCCCCAAAAAGCAUCCCACCUCCUGCGCAUACUUUCAUUCUCGAAUCCCGAUCUUCAAAUAAGGGAAAUCCCGUAUCCCAAAAAACCUAUUGGGGAUUCUCAAAUUAGGCCCUGUUUGCACUACGACACAAAAAUUGCAAAAAAUUUGAAAAUUUUGUAACUUGGUUUGCACCUAAGACACACGAAAGAAGAUACGUCAUUUUCGAUUAAAUCACAUGAUUGGUAUAGUUAGCGAAAUAAGAUGACCUGACGAAGGAUAGCUGUCAUGGAACAAAGGAUUUUUUUGCCUGACAAAAAAUUGUAGGCCUCCAAAACUUCUCGACGGCUUCUUUGAAAUUUGGCGACGCUUAAGGAAGUUUUGGUAGGUGAAAAAAAAAAAAAAAACGUUUGCACUAGAAAUGGCUUCCUGUUGACAGAUUUUUUGCAAAACAGACAAAAUUUUGCGUACUGCGAUCAGGGACUAAGGUUCUUUAAUCCCAUUUGUGUCGCUCAACCCCGUAAUUCUGAUUGUUAUGGGAUAAUCUCGAUCUAGAACAUUUAUUCUGUCUCCGAAUAGGUUUAGAGAGGAUCCAGGCGAGACAUCUCCAUCUUCAAAGACCCAGUAGCAGAUAGUUGCAUACCGUAUUUAAUCGAUUAAAUGCCGCCCUUGAAUAAACGCCGCAUCCAAUCAGACGGAAUGUGGCGUUUAUUUGAGGAUUAUAAGAAAAAACACUCGGUGCUUGUUAGUCUACACCAUCCAGACAAUUAAUAAUAGUGAUAAAUAAUAAACUUUAUUUAUAGCGGAGCUCUCGUGCGCGAAGCGCGCAGCGCAGCACCAUGGGUAAGAAAAUGUGGUAAACUACCCAUCCGACAAAAUUUGCUAAUCACGUGACGGUACACCGAGCGCCCGACCGUCCGUCCGCACCAGAGGGAUACCAAUGUAAAGUAACUCAAUCAACAGGUAUGGCAACCCAAACGCAACUCGAGAUUAUUUUGACGGGAAAUCGCAUAGCCACCCGCAUCUUGUAAAGCAGAAACAACUUAAAGAGUCAAUGAAGAGGAAAAUGGAAAGCGGAAAUUGUCUCUGUAUCCGUGUUUUCUUAAGUAUUAAGCUUAGAUUAAUUGUCAUGUCCACAAAUUAAAUUUGGAAUAUAGAGCAAGAGAAACACAGAGAAAAAGAGAAAGUAGGCGGCAGGCCAGCCAAGCUCAACGAGAAAAAGGGCGACAGAGAUUUAGAGCGAGAGAUAAAAAAUAAAGUAGACAUUUUUUUGUUGGAAGAACAACAUGAAAAUUUUGUAACGGCGGUGACAAAAUGAGAAAUGCUAGCGGCCACCAAUGCAAGGUGAAAAUGAGCGGCAGUGAAAAAACGUGAACGAAAAAAACGUGUAAAUAAGAAGUUUCUGGAAUUUUUUUGUUGUAGUCGUGCAAAACAACGGCAAAGAAAUGUACAAAAAAUAAAGUGUGCUGCACGUGCAAAGUUGAUUUUUUGCUAAUUAGACCUACUGUUGUUUUUCACCAUUCUCCGGCGUUGCCUUCGCCGCUUAGCAUUACAUGAUUUUAUAUUUUGUUUGAACAAACUAUAAAUAUUAUCGAGAGCUUCGCUUUUAGCCCUGGCUAAAUCUAAAUAUUAUAGCGCCAUUUCCAAAGCCCAAUAGCGCUUUACAGAAUUCAUAAGAAAGAAAAAUAAUGCCGAAUUAAAAACUUACAUCGAAUGAUAAUAAGAAGAAUACCUGACGAAUUACAUUAGAGUUACGAUAAAAAUCCUACCUAAAAACGAACGAAGAGAACUAACUGGGGCUUAUGCUGGAAAUGACGGCUUAAAACUCAGUCGAUGACACCAAAUUUUCGAUCGGGCUCUCGUACUUUCUCCACAUGAUACAUGUCACAUAGUUUGAGUGUCAAAAGUUUGAAAGUGAAGGGAAAGCGGAAUUAAAGGGUGCUAGUAGAAUGGUAGGCUACAUGUUACAGUGCCAAACCUGAUUUAUUUUUUCAUUAUAUUUCUUGCUGUUAUGUUAUAGUCAUUACGAUUAUCACGGUCAUCACUUUUGACGAUGAAAUACGGGAAUUGCCGAAUCCUGACGAAAAAAGAAGAAGAUUAAAGGAAGCAGCGAGGGAGGUCACUGGAAGCGAACCGAGGGAUGUCUUCUUGAUCGCGAACUCAAUACCUGAUCAAGAGUUUGACCCGGCGUACAAGAAGGAAGUUCUGAAGAUGUUAGAGCAAGCCUUAAAGUGUGGCGAGAGGUCAAUCAAGAUGCGGCAGGUUCAGGGAGAAAGUCUUAAGAGAUCCAUAUCCGAGCCUCAAGGUAGA